GCUUCAAAAUUCCAGCGAGCCUCUCUCACUCCGGAUGUUCCGCAUCCUGAAGCCGAUUUUGCACCAAUUACAGCUUCUGAUAAUGUCAGUGUUUUGUUAGUGUUAGCUGUGUUUGUUGUAGAUCAUUUUAUGAUGAAUAAAGGGAAAGCGAGCGGCGUGUCGUGGAUCAAACCAGCUGAGCCGUCCUUUCUGAAGAAGUUUAAGACUGAUGUGGGAUAUAAAGAAGGACCAAAUGUUGACACCAAGCGUCAGGUUAUGCCCACACUGGAUGAUGACGAUGGCUGUGAUCGGGAAGAUGAACUUCCUCAAGUUGUUGUCUUAAAAAGCGGAGAUCUAACUGCAGAUGAGGUGAAGAAACUCACAGAGGAAAUGCAAGGCAAAAGAGGGAAAGGCGAAGAGGCUCUUUCUGAAGGCAAAAUUCUCUUCAAGAAACCAGCAAAGCGCUCAUCCUCAGACAAGUUUCAGGGCAUCACUGCAAGCUCCAGCAAAAAGAAGAACAACAGCGGAGAGCAGUUGGAAAAGGACAGAAAACUGGUGAAGAAUGUAAAAAAUAACAGCCUGCUUUCAUUUGGAGGCGAAGAAGAGGAAGAGAAUGAGUAACUGUAAGACUGUACCUCUAAGUCUAAAUCACAAGUUUAUCAUUCACAAUGAAUAUAAACCAACAAAUGAGUUUACUUCUAUUUUUGGCUGCACUUGUAUCAGUGUUGACUCAUGAAUUUGAAAACUGUUCAACUACAGCUGAAACUAUUCUGCCUAAAUAAACCACGUACCAAGGUCUAUUUAAGUGAUCAUCAACUUGUGUGUUCUCUGCAUUCAGAACUAUGCAGAAGUGUUGAUCAACCCCAAUUUUCUUUCCAUGUUGCUUCCAAGAAGCCAUACUUUGUGUGUUCCAGAGAAUAUGUUAAUAAAAGUUUCACUUGUAGCAAAAUGGCUUUUUAGAAUAAAUAAAUAGAAAAUCCUUGUGGGAUGACCUCAAACUAGCUAAAGGAUUCAGAUCUUUUAACCUUAAAAAAAAUUUAAUUGGACUGGCUCAGUUUUUUGAAUAUGUUUCGACACCUAUUCAGGAUCUUUUUGUCAAUUUUGUUGGCUCGCAGCAGGGCAAACUGUAAUAAAAACUGAAGUGGACUGUACAUUAA